AUGGCCUCAGCAUCAUCUGUGUCUGCACUCCGGAUUGUGAUAUUUGGAAAAAGUGAUGAGAAAAAAACAAAGAUGGGUAAUUUUAUCAUUGGAAAAGAAGGUUUUCACAGUCAAAAAUCUCCCAUCUGUACAGCACUUUGUGGAGAGUGGAAAGAAAAAAUACUGACUGUGAUUAAAACUGUUGAUCUCUUCAGUAUAUCUGAGGAAACCGUUCAAGAAGAGUUGAAGAAGUGCUCAAGUCUUUGCCUUCCUGGACCAAAUGUAUUGCUGCACUUAAUUAAGCCUUCAGAUUUCAAAGAGGCAGAAAAUCAGAGGCUGAAGUUCAUCCUGAGUUUCUUUAAUGAAGAUGCACACAAACACUCAAUGGUCAUUAUAACAAAAAAUGAGAAGGGAGAUUAUUCCUCAGCAAAUGAGUUAAUUAGGGACUGUAACAACCAGCAGUCAACAAUAAAUCUUGACAGAAAUAAUUAUCAAGAUUUCAUGGAACAGAUAGAGAGCAUAGUGAAAAACAACAGUGGAAAGUAUCUGACCUUAAAAACACCUGAUUGUUCAAAAUCCAGUGUGAACCUGGUUCUGUGUGGGAGGAGAGGAGCAGGGAAGACUUCAGCAGUCAAGGCCAUUUUAGGUCAGACUGAGCUUCAUUCAGUCUCCAGCUCAGAGUGUGUUAAACAUCAGGGAGAGGUGUGUGGACGCUGGGUUUCCCUGGUGGAGCUGCCUGCCUUGUAUGGAAAACCUCAGGAGGCAUUGAUGGAGGAAUCACUCAGGUGUAUCUCCCUCUGUGAUCCUGAGGGUGUCCAUGCCUUCAUCCUGGUCAUACCUGUGGCUCCCCUCACUGAUGAAGACAAAGGAGAGUUAGAGACCAUCCAGAACACGUUCAGCUCUCGAAUCAGUGACUUCACCAUGAUUCUGUUCACUGUGGAAUCAGAUCCUACAGCUCCAGCUGUUGAUAACUUUGUGAGGGGAGACACAUACAUCCAGGAGCUCCAACAGCGAUGUGGAGGAAGAUUUGUUGUUCUCAACAUCAAGGACAAAGAGCAGAUCCCAGAGCUGCUUGAUUUUGUGAACAAAAUGAAUACAUGCUGCUAUACAACAGAAACAUUUGCACAUGCUCAGAUAGAUAAAGUCACUCAAGUACAAGCUGAACUUAGAGACCUGAAGAAAAAGAUCACUGGUUCUGGUGAGAAGCAGAGCCCAGAGUGUCUCAGGAUUGUGCUGAUAGGAAAGACUGGCAAUGGAAAGAGCUCAUCGGGAUGCACGAUUCUAGGAAGAAGGGAGUUUAAAGCUGAAUCGAGUCAAACAUCAGUCACCAAAUGUUGUCAGAAAGCACAUGGUAAAGUGGACGGUCGUCCUGUUGUUGUGGUCGACACUCCUGGACUGUUUGACUCAACUUUGUCAAAGGAAGAAGUUUGUGAGGAGUUGGUGAAAUGUGUCAGUCUUCUGGCUCCAGGACCACAUGUCUUCCUGUUGGUGUUACAAGUUGGUCGACUAACACCAGAGGAGAAGGAGACAUUAAAACUCAUCAAGGAAGUCUUUGGGAAGAAUUCAGAAAAGUUCACCAUCGUUCUUUUUACAAGAGGAGAUACGCUGGAACAUGAGGAACUGACAUUAGGAGAGUACAUUGAAAGAAAAUGUGAUGAUUCCUUUAAGAAGCUGAUCUCUGACUGUGGAGGAAGAUGCCAUGUAUUCAAUAACUAUGAUAAACAAAACCGCAAACAAGUCAGUGAGCUGAUAACAAAGAUCAGCACUAUGGUGGGAGAAAAUGGAGGCAGCUGCUACACCACAGAGAUGUUCCAAGAGGCUGAAGCAGCGAUACAAACGGAGAUGGAUGAGUACUUCAAGGAGAACAAUGAAAAAAUGCAGAAAGAGAGGGAGGAGUUGGAAAGAAAGCACAAGGAGGAAAUCGAAGAAAUGGAAAGACAAAUGGAAAAACAGAGGGCAGAAACUGAAAAGGAAAGAAAACAAAGAGCCCAAGAAAUCAGGGAAAUGGAGGAGAACAUCAACAAGGAGCGUGAACAGAGGAAGAAAGAACAGGAAACGAGAGAAGAAGAAGAGAGGGAAAGAAAAACAGAGGAAGAAAUUCAGCAGCAAGAGUGGGAACAAAAACUAAAAGCUUUGGAAGAACAAAUAAAAACACAAUCAGAAGAAAAAGGAAGCAUUGCAGAAAAGCUGUUGCAGAAUAAAAAACGCAUGAGAAAAAAGCGAGAUGCUUGGGAGCAAGAACGAAAAGAAUGGUGGGAGGAACGACAAAAACAGGAUGAAGAAAGAAAGCAGGAGGGGCAAACAAAGUUCGAAAGUCUCCAGAAAAAAUAUGAGCAGGAAAAAGCAAAAAGAAAAGAAGAAGAUCAAAUCCGAAAAGAACAGGAAGAGAGGGAGAGAAAAGAAUUAGAUGAAAAAUAUCAGGAAAAACUCGAAAUAAUGAAAACAAACUAUGAAGAAGAGGCCAGAAAACAAGCUGAAGAGUUCAAUGAAUUCAAAGAAACAUACACCAAGAACUUUGAAGCUCUGGUAGAAAAGUUUAACGAUGAACUGAAGGACCUGAGGCAAAAAUAUGAAGGGCAAAAAAGUGACUACGCACUUUUAAAUGAGCUCUCCAGCCACAAAGAACAACAACUGAAAGAUGAAUUAAAAGAACUAGAAAAUAAAUUUGAACAAGAAGGGAAACACAUCAAAAAGAAACAAAAGAACAACUGCAGAGUAGCUUAA